UUUUAAUGAGUAAAGUGAAUACAUUUGAUAAAAAUAUACAAGAAGAAGAAUUCAAAGCACCUGAAAUUUAUGGUCUUCCUUUAUUGCUUGCAGCAAAUGCUGUCGAAUAUAUCCCUUUCAUUAAACAAAAGGUUGCUUCAGAUGCUCUUUUGUAUAAGUUAAGAGAUCGUAUGGAUAUUGUUGAACAUCCAACUACUUUAGCUAUUCCAUUAGAAUACAUUAACUCGCCAAAGGAUGCUCAAGUACAUACGAAAGAAAUACCUAAGCUAGAUCCUAAUCAUAAAAGUACUUCACCCUUUUUAUCCUUUUGGGAUUACCAUGAAGCCUAUACACAAUUUAAAACAACACCUACUAAAGUAGCUAAAAAUCUUAUGAAUCAAUUAGAAAAAAGUAGAAGCAUGAAUUGGGUUCGCUUUUAUACUCAAGAUAUUUUAGAGCAAGCAAAGGCAUCUACAGAAAGAUAUAAACAACAUGCUCCUUUAAGUCAAAUAGAUGGUGUAUUUAUUACUAUUAAGGAAGAAAUAAAUAUUAAAGAUUUAGAAACCAAGCUGGGUACAAGCUUUAUUAGUGAUCACCAACCUGCUACUGAUGAUGCUACUUUGGUAACCAAAUUAAGAAAUGCGGGUGCUAUCAUUGUAGGCUCAACUGUUAUGAAUGAGCUUGGUUGGGAUACCUUUACUGUUAAUCCUAAUACAGGAAUGCCUAAAAAUCCUUAUGGUCUUACUCACUCCUGUGGAGGUUCUAGUGGAGGUUGUGGAGGUUGUGUAGCUGGCGGAUUAUUCCCUAUAAGUAUUGGAGCUGAUGGUGGAGGAUCUAUAAGAAUUCCUUCAUCCUUUUGUGGGUUGUAUGGCUUAAAAACAACAUAUGCUCGUGUAUCUGCUUAUGGUAGUGCACCGGUAGAUCCUAGUUUAGGUAGUUAUGGUCCGCUCGCAGCUACUGCAGAUGAUAUGACAUUAGCUUAUAGUAUCAUUGCUGGUCCUGAUCCAAAGGACCCUUAUUCUCUCCUACAACCUCCUGUAUCAUUAAAAGACUAUGAUAAUUAUCAUGAUCUCUCUGAUCUUACUAUUGCUGUUUACCCUGAUUGGGCAAAGAAUUUGACUGAACCUGUUAUCCUUGAAAAACUGAAUAUUUUCAAGCACUAUUUAGAGAUAUUAGGUGCACAUAUAAAGGAGAUUGAAAUUCCUGAUUUGGAUAUUGCUUCUCCAGCUCAUUCAAUUACAAUCUGUAGUGAAAUGCACAAUUUCAUUUCUCGUUAUGAAUCUAAACAACGUAAGCUCUUGGCUCAUACACGUAUUAUGACAGGUGCAGCUAAGGCAUUAGAUAGCCGUGACUUUAUAAGAGCACAACAAGUACGUACACGUAUGAUGAACCACAUGCGUCAUAUUUUUGAAGAGCAAAAAGUGGAUCUAAUUUUAUGUCCCACGACUGCACUUAUUGCGCCCGAGAUCCCUGAAAAGGCCCAUACCUAUGGUAUGACUCAUGUUAAGCUUACUAUUCGAUCCAUGGCAUUUUGUACAUUGGCUAAUUUGACAGGGCUUCCUGCGGUUAAUGUGCCUGCUGGUUUCCAUGAAGGUAUGCCUAUCGGUCUACAGUUUAUGGCUAAAUGGUGGAACGAAGCUUUAUUAUGUAGAAUAGCAAAGGCAUGUGAACAUAUACCAAAUAUUGAACGUAAAGUCCCUGCUGCUAAUCAAUGGUUUGGCGAUAAAUUAUUAUCUUAAAAAAGAGUAAAUAAAACAAAAUAAAUAAAUAAAAUAAAUAACUAUCAAGAUAAAUUGUCUUCUUCACCGCUAUUAAAAUAAUGCCUGCUGGUAUAGACUU